AUGUUGACUGAACUGUUGCAGAGCUACUAUGAGUGGGCCAACACUACGGAAAUCAAGCUUCUUGACUGGGUCGACCCUGAAGGAGGCUGGAAAGUCCAUCCCAUGGCUGAUUACCCGCUGGCCAACUUUGCGAGCGUCUACGCCAUCUGUAUUGGCUACCUGCUCUUUGUCAUCUUUGGCACGGCACUGAUGAAAAUGGGCAUCCCCGCUAUCAAUACCAGCCCACUUCAGUUCAUCUAUAACCCUAUACAGGUUAUCGCUUGCUCUUACAUGUGCGUGGAGGCCGCUAUCCAAGCCUAUCGCAAUGGGUACUCACCGGCUCCAUGCAACGCCUUCCAGGCGACUGCUCCGGUUAUGGGCAACGUGCUCUACCUCUUUUACCUUUCCAAGAUGCUCGAUCUGUGUGAUACGGUAUUCAUCAUUCUUGGCAAGAAAUGGAAACAGCUUUCUAUACUGCACGUAUAUCACCACCUCACCGUACUUUUUGUCUACUAUGUGACAUUCCGUGCUGCCCAAGACGGUGACUCGUAUGUCACCAUUGUGCUCAACGGCUUUGUGCAUACGAUCAUGUACACAUACUAUUUUGUCAGUGCUCACACGCGCAAUAUUUGGUGGAAAAAGUAUCUCACGCGUAUACAGCUUAUUCAAUUCAUAACUAUGAAUGUUCAAGGUUACCUGACGUAUUCUCGCCAAUGCCCUGGCAUGCCUCCAAAAGUGCCUCUUAUGUACCUCGUGUACGUGCAGUCACUCUUCUGGCUUUUCAUGAAUUUCUACAUUCGCGCGUAUGUGUUCGGUCCGAAGAAGUUAGCUGUGGAGGAUUCUAAAAAGAAGAGUUAA